AUGGAAAGACCUCUCACUUUUAAGCCGCUUACCAUCCAGAAUGAGAAUUCUGCCGUCCAUCGUAAAAAGGGUGCAGUUGAUGGUAAAUCAAAGACUUCCAAGGCUGCUGCUGAUAAGGGUGGAGUUGCACUUAAAAGCCGUAAAGCUCUGAAUGACAUCACAAACAAGUCGUGCGUUAAAGUUGAAGCAUCCUCUCUAAAGAAUAGCACGCAAAAUAUAAAGCCGAAUACUGUGGAAGACAGAUCUUUGAACCAACAUGUUACUGGAGCUGAUAAAUUGUCUAAGAAAAAGAUUUCUGUCAGUGAGAAACUUAAUGUUGCUGAAGAGGGUUUCUUGCAUGACCACAAUAAAUGCAUUGAAGCACAAAAGAACGGGCAGGACCUUAAUUUCUGGGACACGGUUCUUCCUGGACAUGAUUCUGCAGAGUUGAUAAUACAACAAGAAAAGAGUGAGGCUUAUACAGAUAAUAUGUGCUAUCACCCUGAAUUGGAGGAGCUAUCCAUGAUGGACUUUUCUGAUUGGUUCGAGGCUCAUUGGAAAUCGCUUCCGUCUUCACCAAUAUGCUUGGAUUCAAGGCCAUCUUUUUUCUCAUGGGAGCUCGAGCAAUUUGAAUUAACUCUCAAGGAAGACAACAGUAUGUGA